GAAACUAACAAAGUCAACUAACCAAAAGCACAGCCUGCUCGCUUGUGAUGGUGUCUCCAGCGAUUGCCCUCGCCUUCCUCCCCUUCAUUGUCACCCUGCUGAUCCGGUACCGGCACUACCUGGUGCUGCUGUACCGGGCAGUGCUGGUGGCCUGGCUGCGGGACCGGCUCACCGGCACCUCGCGGGAGCAGCGUGCCUUCCAGUACGUGCUGGCCCAUGCCAUCCCUGGGGACCCCCACCAUAUCCUCCAGACCUUCGAUCAGUGGUGCUACCACUGUGAGCACCUCAGCUGUGUGGGGCCCGACAAAGGGCGGAUCGUGGAGCGGGUGCUGCUGGAGCGGGCACCGCUGCGGGUGCUGGAGCUGGGCACAUACUGUGGCUAUGGCACCGUGCUGCUGGCACAGGGGCUGCCCCCAGGUGCCCGCCUCUACACCAUCGAGGGUGACCCCCGACACGCUGCCGUGGCCGAGAAGGUGAUCCGCCUGGCUGGCUUCAGCGAGCAGACGGUGAGCACCCGGCAGGGGGGUGGGUGGGCACGCUGCCUCCCCACCCCAGUGACUGAGGGUGAUGCAGCACAGGUGGAGCUGAUCGUGGGCCCCUCGGAGGAGGUGAUACCCCGCCUGCGGGAGAAGCACGGCCUGAUGAACGCCAACUUGGUCUUCAUGGAUCACUGGAAACGCAGCUACCUGCGGGAUCUACGGCUGCUGGAGAGCCACCAGCUGCUGGCUGAGGGGGCCACCAUCCUGGCUGAUAACGUCCUCUUCCCUGGGGCACCCCACUUCCUGCAGUACGCCAAGACCUGCGGCAAAUACCACUGCAAGGUGCACCGCGCCAGCCUGGAGUACUUCCGCACCAUUCCCGACGGGAUCGCUGAGCUCCGCUACACCGGCACCCACUGA